AAAAAAAAUGGUCCAACACUCCAACUAAAGUGAAAAGCGGUUAAAGCGUUGGGCGAUGGUGUUUUGGUUCAGCCGCGGAUUUGGGAGAAGAGUGAGAAGGACCGCUUGUAAGGAAAACCCUACCAUUCCGAUUCACUUUCCGGCGCCGACAAGGCCGUUGCUUGUUCUCUUGCCGCUUCUGCUGUUGAUGUUUGAUAUCUUCUCCGGUGGUGAUGGUCGUCGGAGAGGAGGGAUCAUUGGCAUUUUCGCGGAAGCCGGGGGAGGCGGCGGCGGUGGCGGCGGAUUUUGGGGUUUUCCCUCAUCUAGUGUUGGAUUGCCGGCUUCCAAUGUCGGAAUAGCUAUCGUCGUGACGGCCAUGGCCGGUCUCGCCUUGGCCGCCACCGUCGUCUACUCCCGUAGGGGAAGCCUAAAAUCACCAUGGUCUAGGAGGAGAAGGAAACAUGCCCUGCUGCAGAAACAGUGGAAGAGUUUCUUCGACACUGAUGGUAGGCUGUUAGAUGGGGGUGUUAAGUUUUUGAAGAAAGCCAGGAGUGGGGGUGUUGACCCAAAUAUACGGGCAGAGGUUUGGCCUUUCCUUCUUGGAGUCUAUGACGUGAAUAGUACAGAGGAAGAAAGAAAUUCCAUUAAAGCUCAGAAACGAAAAGAGUAUGUCAACCUGCGAAGACAGUGCCAACAACUUUUAAGUAGUAGUGAUAAGAGCUUCAAGUCGAAGGAAACUUCUGGAAAUGACAGCAAUGAGGACUCUGGUGAUUUUAGUCAAGUUGGGCAUUCCCGAGGUCUAGAAGAUGUUGUUAGUGGUGGGAGUUCCAUUUCCAUGGAGGAAUUGAGCCCAGCAUGCGAGGACAGGAACAGAGUUAGAGGUGCUGCUGCUCUUAAAGCGGACAAUUUGUUGGGGGGUCAGGACAGUGAUGAAGUUGCUGAUACUCUUAAAGCGGGCAAUUCCUUGGUUGAGCAUGAUGGUGAUCAUAGUGGAAUUGCCAAUGAGAACGCUUCUGAACCUGAAACAGCGUCAACUGAUUCUGAAUCUUCUGAAGACCCUGAGGAGACACAGCCUUUCAUUGCUCAGGAAGGAACAGAAAAAAGCUAUAUUGAUGAGGGUUCUGAAUGUUGUCAUCACAAGUCAGCUGGUACCUUGCUACCCCCUGCAUCUGAAGAUUUUGCAACGUGGCAAAGGAUCAUACGCCUUGAUGCUGUUCGGGCAAAUGGUGAAUGGCUUAUUUAUUCACCUUCUCAGGCCUCAGUAUCCGAGGUCAAGGCACGGCGAUUGGCUGAGAGUGUUGGACUAAAGGAUUAUGAUCAUCUGGAGCCUUGCAGGAUUUAUCAUGCUGCUCGUCUUGUUGCCAUCCUAGAAGCUUAUGCAUUAUAUGAUUCUGAGAUUGGUUAUUGUCAGGGGAUGAGUGAUUUACUUUCUCCAAUUAUCUCUGUGGUAGAGGAGGAUCAUGAAGCCUUCUGGUGCUUCGUGGGUUUCAUGCGAAAAGCUCGGCAUAAUUUCCGUCUUGAUGAGGUGGGGAUUCGUAGACAGUUGAACAUUGUGUCAAAAAUAAUAAAAUGCAAAGAUUCACAUCUGUACAGGCAUUUGGAAAAACUUCAGGCAGAGGAUUGCUUUUUCGUGUACAGAAUGGUGGUCGUUUUGUUCAGAAGAGAGUUAAAUUUUGAGCAGACCCUUUGCCUCUGGGAGGUAAUGUGGGCAGAUCAGGCAGCUAUCAGGGCUGGAAUAGCAAAAUCUGCGUGGGGAAGGUUGAGGAUGAGGGCCCCUCCAACAGAGGAUUUACUUCUUUAUGCCAUAGCAGCCUGCGUGUUGCAAAGAAGGAAGCUGAUCAUUGAGAAAUACAGUAGCAUGGAUGAAAUUAUGAGGGAAUGCAACAGCAUGGCUGGGAAUCUGGAUGUUUGGAAGCUUUUGGAUGAUGCUCAUGACUUGGUGGUGAACCUCCAUGAUAAGAUAUAGGACACUCUUACUGUCUUAGAAUAAUUUUCACGUUUUGUUACCCCUUUAGUUGAUGUUCCUCGUCCCUUUAACCUCAACCCGCUCCCACCUUUACAAAAUCUCUGCUGGCUUGUUGCUUCUUGUGAGAAAUGCCCUCUUAAAGCAGGGUAUUCAGCUUUCGUUCAUUUUCUGAUGCUAGUUAUUUAUAGCCUUAUAGGCAGUUGUUGUCUUGAGUAAAUUAUGAAAUCAUGGUGUAUUGCCUGCAAUCUGGGCACUGACUUGCUGACUGAAGUAGCGAUCUACCAAGCUUAGUUGUUUGAAAUGAUUCGCGGGUCUCAAGUACAAAAUCAUGUAUACUUGAGCAUUUAGCUCACCAAACACUAGUUUUGUGCAUUCAUUGGCAGUGGUCUUGA